AUGCGGAACCUUGAAAAAAAACGCCAUAGUGUCUCACGAUGCACUGCAAGCGUGAGUGGUGUCUGUGAAAGCGUCGCAGCGUGGGGUGAGGCGUCCCCCAUCGUUGUGGGUCAAAGAAGCGCCGUCGUGAGGCCGUCUUCUUCUUCCCUGCUUGAGACCAUGAAACCAGAUUUCGUCGUCAGGCCUUUUCGACAAAGAAGGCUCAUUUCAUUUUGUCAGCAUCACAUCAACUCCAGAAAAUACAGGCGUAGGGAGUUCACCUGCAUUUUCGUGAACUCAUUAUACCGUGCACAGGACCCUUCCCCAGGGCCCACCAAACAUCUUACACCCCUUUUCCAUGCUCCAGUUGGCAUGCUCGGCGGAGUGAAGGCACUACUCCGUGAUCUCGGCCAGAACAGGAUGGCAGCUCCUCUGAAUUCUGUUGAGCGCAUCACAAAGGGCUUUGUCACUUGUAUUGUAGUGCAAGGGGUCAGGUGUAGUAAUCGAGCCGUUGAAGCCGGCUUCAUCAAUGAAGCGUGCAUCUCGCUUCAGUGUAGAAGCAAAAAAAAAGGUAAUGUUGUUUCGCGACGGGGUAACGAUGAUGCGGCGCCGUGUCAAGGAGCACAAAAAGGCCGAUGGGCCCCAAUGAAAUAUCUCUACUGGGUGCGUCAACUCAUCAGCGAUGAGGAGCUUCGUCACACCUUCCGUGAAGGAGUUUUUGCUUGUUGCUGA